GUUAUCUUUUACUGUUUGGUUCUUUCUGGUUUUAAAAGCAGUUGCAAUGUUAGCUCCUGUCCUUUGUGCAAAUGAUGAGUGGGACCGGGAAACCAAACUCCCCCAGCCCAAGGGUUGACCAAGAUGCUGGGCUUGACAGAGCCCUGCUCACAAAUCUUUGGCAUUACAAAUCCGUGGGGGCCGCUGCACAGCUGGAUUCCUAGGAUAAGCAAGUUAGACUUUGGUUUAGGGGGCACAACUCUUGUAACCAUUUAAAUGCUGUUUCCCUAAGCUUCCAGGGCUGUGUAGGGAGUGGGGGGAGGGGCAAGAGAGCACUUUAAGUACAAAAGAUCUCAAACCAACCCACGACCUUCCUAUGACAUCUGCAAGCUCAAAUUCCAUAUAUUGUGAGAGGCCGCCAGCCUAUCGGGUUCUCAGAUUAGCCGGUCCUUGUAUUCUCUUCAGUGCACAUAAUUAUUUUUUUCACAUGCAUAUUAACAACGGCCUACCUUCAGAAGAAGGAAAAGGCUUCCUUUCAAAUGAAAGCAAGUCCAAGCAAGGUAGAGACCCAACACAGAGUGUGCAGGGUGGCAUUGUUCUCUCCAGCUCCAAGAAGAUGAGAGUUUCAGUUUCCUCAUCUUGUAACACUGGUACACCUAAUGCUGCGGUUGGCAGAAUCUGCAGCCGGCGCAGGUUCCUCCUAAACCUGUGCAGAUAUGCAUGGCGACUUGUGCGCAUCGUGGCACAAGCGCAAGGCUGAAACUCGAGAACUCGCAUGCGAGACAAUAAUUCAAGUCAUUUGCAUGAAAAGUCUCAGCGAGCACAAGAUCUUUUACAGUGCACAUGCUACCGGUGCCCUAACCCGGAGAACAAUGGCCUCCUCAGCGGAAGUUAACGCAGGAGAAUACUGAGAUUUAAAAGGAAAACUUCUCUGGUCACUAUGCAGACAUUCACCAGUCUGUUUUAAAAUAAAGCACACAGGGAUACUUCUGCCAGGAUUCUCCACGGCCAUUCCAGUGAUAGUGUUGUCUUCAGAGUGCAAGCAAACAGGAGCGAGCCUUUUUUAGGAGGUAAUGGUGGCAGGUUUUUUUUUUUCAGAUCUUCCAUUUUGUCCUGCUUCCAAGUCAGUACAAUUAGCUCAACAUGGAGGUUUCUCUUGUCUAAACAACAACAUCAAAAAAAAAAAAUAGAAAUCUUUUCAGUGGCGUGCUCGACUGUGCUCAAUAUGGGCACCAGGACAGGGCUGGAAAACAGCAUACUUCAUCUGGCGCAGAAGGAAGCGCUGCACCUCCGGCUCAGAUGGCUUACGAUUAUCUCCCUUCCUGGCCUUUGGCUGGGUUUCUGUAUGUAUCGUUUUGCCUGUGUUCCGUAAGCCAUGACCACCUGCUGUAUGUACAACUUGUGCUUGUUACAUUUGUGCGCCAUUUCCCUGAUGGAACUUAAAGACCCAGCUAUAACUGCGUGUUUACUCAUAUCAUCCCCCCCCCCCGUUAAAAAAAAUACACACCAUACAUGAACCGAACAUGCCAUGCUUCAAUCUGGCCCCAGUGGCUUUUUCUCUGAAAGCAAAAACGUGUGUCUUUUACACCAGGGCUUUCUCCCCACCCCAGGGGUGUCUUCCAUUCUUUUGUGGCUCAGUUGAAGGCGAAAAGGGCUCCAAACCACUAACUAACAGAAGGGAGCCCUUUCUUCCACCUCCUGGGAGAAUCUCAGAUUGAAUUUAUCUGAAGAUAGCUUGCUCUCUUCUUACUUAUUUGCCACCAUUACGAGGAGGACAGCACAACCACCACCUUGGCUUCAAGAUCCUGGGUAGAGAGGCUCACGGGCAUUUUUUUUUUUUCAACCAUCUUUGGCGAGGCCUUGCUUCCUUCCACUCCAGUAAGUCGCGGCUUGGGGCCAUGGAAAAGGACUAGGCCUGUUGACUGGGGCUGCUUUUAACCCUUUCAUAUUUGCAGAGAAUGCAACCGUGUGACAGUAACUGAGCACUGGUCCAAAGUCUUUUCAAAAGGUCAAGGUUCACAAGAACAUCUGAUCAAAUUCAUGACCAUGGGGGAUAUGAAGACCCCGGACUUUGAUGACCUCUUGGCAGCAUUUGAUAUACCAGAUAUGGUCGAUCCCAAAGCAGCGAUUGAAUCUGGCCAUGAUGACCACGAAAGCCACAUUAAGCAGAAUGCUCAUGUGGAUGAUGACUCUCACACUCCUUCAUCCUCGGAUGUUGGCGUCAGUGUGAUUGUGAAGAAUGUUCGAAACAUCGACUCCUCUGAGGGAGUUGAAAAAGACGGCCACAAUUCCACAGGCAAUGGCUUGCAUAACGGGUUUCUCACAGCAUCUUCUCUUGACAGCUAUGGUAAGGAUGGAUCAAAGUCCUUAAAAGGAGACGCACCUACCUCAGAGGUGACUCUUAAAGACCCAGCCUUCAGCCAGUUCAGCCCUAUCUCCAGCGCUGAAGAGUUUGAUGAUGAUGAAAAGAUAGAGGUGGACGACCCUCCUGAUAAGGAAGAUACACGGUCCAGUUUCAGAUCAAAUGUGUUGACGGGCUCAGCUUCCCAGCAGGACUACGAUAAGCUUAAGUCCCUUGGAGGGGAAAACGCCAGCAAGACUGGGGUCUCUACAUCAGGCCAUGUAGAGAAAAACAAAGUCAAGAGAGAGGCAGAAACAAACUCCAUAGCCCUGAGUGUUUAUGAGCCCUUUAAGAGAAAAGCAGAGGAUAAGUUGAAGGAGAACUCUGAGAAGAUGCUUGAGAACAGGGUGCUUGACGGGAAGCUGGGCUCUGAGAAGAAUGAUUCCGGCCUUGCUGCUGUCACAUCUUCCAAAGCGAAGUCAUCGUCCAAGCUCUCUUCGUGCAUAGCUGCCAUCGCAGCACUGAGUGCUAAAAAGGCAGCUUCAGAUUCCUGCAAAGAACCUGUGGCCAACUCAAGGGAAGCUUCUCCAUUACCAAAGGAAGUGAAUGACAGUCCCAAGCCCGCCGACAAGUCUCCGGAGUCCCAGAAUCUCAUUGAUGGCACCAAGAAAGCCUCCCUGAAGCCAUCGGACAGUCCUAGGAGUGUAUCCAGUGAGAACAGCAGCAAAGGCUCCCCGUCCUCUCCUGUGGGGUCCACCCCCGCAAUCCCCAAAGUCCGUAUCAAAACCAUUAAGACAUCUUCUGGGGAGAUCAAGAGAACAGUGACCAGAGUGUUGCCAGAAGUGGAUCUGGACGCUGGGAAGAAGCCUUCUGAGCAGGCAGCAUCCGUGAUGGCGUCUGUGACGUCGCUUCUCUCAUCUUCAGCGUCAGCCGCUGUCCUUUCCUCUCCCCCCAGGGCACCUCUGCAGACGGCCAUGGUUACCAGUGCAGUUUCCCCAGCGGAGCUGACCCCCAAACAGGUCACCAUCAAGCCCGUGGCUACUGCUUUCCUUCCUGUGUCUGCUGUCAAGACGGCAGGGUCUCAAGUCAUCAAUCUGAAGCUCGCUAACAACACGACAGUGAAAGCCACAGUCAUAUCUGCUGCCUCUGUUCAGAGUGCCAGCAGCGCCAUCAUCAAAGCUGCCAAUGCCAUCCAGCAGCAAACCGUUGUGGUGCCAGCAUCCAGCCUGGCCAAUGCCAAACUCGUGCCAAAGACUGUGCACCUUGCCAACCUUAACCUUCUGCCUCAGGGUGCCCAGGCCACCUCUGAACUCCGCCAAGUGCUAACCAAACCUCAGCAACAAAUAAAGCAGGCAAUAAUCAAUGCAGCGGCCUCCCAGCCACCUAAAAAAGUGUCCCGAGUCCAGGUGGUGUCAACCUUGCAGAGUUCUGUGGUGGAAGCCUUCAACAAGGUGCUGAGCAGCGUCAAUCCAGUCCCUGUUUACAUCCCGAACCUCAGUCCUCCCGCCAAUGCAGGGAUCACGUUACCGAUGCGUGGGUAUAAGUGCUUGGAGUGCGGGGACUCCUUCGCCCUGGAAAAGAGCCUGAGCCAGCACUAUGACAGGCGUAGUGUGCGCAUCGAAGUAACGUGCAACCACUGUACAAAGAACCUUGUUUUUUACAACAAGUGCAGCCUCCUUUCCCAUGCUCGAGGGCAUAAGGAGAAAGGCGUGGUGAUGCAGUGCUCCCACUUAAUCCUAAAACCGGUCCCAGCAGACCAGAUGAUAGUGUCUCCGGCUAGCAAUACUACCACUUCCACUCUGCAGAGCUCCGGGGGAGCUGGCACACACACUGUAACCAAAAUCCAGUCUGGCAUCACCGGGGCCGUUAUCUCUGCGCCUCCAAGCACACCCAUCAGCCCAGCCAUGCCCCUAGAUGAAGAUCCCUCCAAGCUCUGUAGACACAGUCUCAAAUGUUUGGAGUGCAAUGAAGUCUUCCAGGACGAGACGGCUCUGGCUACGCACUUCCAGCAUGCUGCAGAUACAAGUGGACAAAAGACUUGCACUGUCUGCCAGAUGCUGCUUCCUAACCAGUGCAGCCAUGCUUCACACCAGAGAAUCCAUCAGCACAAAUCUCCCUACACCUGCCCCGAGUGCGGGGCCAUCUGCAGGUCGGUGCACUUCCAGACCCACGUCACCAAGAACUGUCUGCACUACACACGGAGAGUUGGUUUUCGAUGUGUACAUUGCAAUGUUGUGUACUCUGAUGUGGCCGCACUGAAGUCUCACAUUCAAGGCUCUCACUGUGAAGUCUUCUACAAGUGCCCUAUCUGUCCAAUGGCGUUUAAGUCCGCCCCAAGUACACACUCCCACGCCUACACGCAGCAUCCUGGCAUCAAGAUAGGCGAACCAAAAGUAAUCUAUAAGUGUUCCAUGUGCGACACUGUGUUCACCCUGCAGACCUUGCUGUAUCGCCACUUUGACCAGCACAUUGAAAACCAGAAGGUGUCUGUUUUCAAGUGUCCAGACUGUUCUCUUUUAUAUGCACAGAAGCAACUUAUGAUGGACCAUAUCAAGUCUAUGCAUGGAACAUUGAAAAGUAUUGAAGGGCCUCCAAACUUGGGUAUAAACUUGCCUUUGAGCAUUAAGCCUGCAACUCAGAAUUCAACAAACCACAGCAGAGAGGAUGCCAAGGCUAUGAAUGGGAAAGAGAAAUUGGAAAAGAAGUCUCCAUCUCCUGCAAAGAAAUCCACAGAAUCGAAGAAGACGGCCAGUCUCGGGUGGACGUGUUGGGAGUGUGACCGUCUGUUCACACAGAGGGAUGUGUAUCUCUCUCACAUGAGGAAGGAACAUGGGAAGCAAAUGAAGAAGCACCCUUGCCGCCAGUGUGACAAGUCUUUCAGCUCCUCCCACAGCCUCUGCCGCCACAACCGCAUCAAGCACAAAGGCAUCAGGAAAGUGUACGCCUGCUCACACUGCCCAGACUCCCGGCGGACGUUCACCAAGCGGCUGAUGCUGGAGAAGCACAUACAGCUGAUGCACGGCAUCAAGGACCCCGACGUGAAAGAGCUGAGUGAAGCUUCCAACGAGGAGGAGGAAACUGAAACCGAGAUAAAGGAAGACGCCAAGGCUCCCAGUCCCAAGCGGAAAUCGGAAGAACCAGUUUUAGAGUUCAGGCCUCCCAGAGGAGCCAUCACUCAGCCUCUGAAAAAGCUGAAAAUCAACGUCUUUAAGGUUCACAAGUGUGCCGUGUGUGGCUUCACCACGGAGAACCUUCUGCAGUUCCACGAACACAUCCCUCAGCACAAGUCGGACGGCUCCUCCUACCAGUGCCGGGAGUGUGGCCUCUGCUACACCUCCCACGUCUCCCUGUCAAGGCACCUCUUCAUCGUUCACAAGCUGAAGGAGCCUCAGCCCGUGUCCAAGCAGAACGGGGCUGGGGAAGACAGCCUGCAAGAGAAUAAGCCCAGCCCCGAGGACGAAGCCGCCGAGGGCGCAGCAUCAGACAGGAAGUGCAAAGUGUGCGCCAAGACUUUUGAAACGGAAGCUGCCUUAAACACACACAUGCGGACACAUGGCAUGGCCUUCAUCAAAUCCAAAAGAAUGAGUUCAGCUGAGAAAUAGCCUCAGAUCUUCCGCAAGAGAAGCCCUGUCACAUAGGAAUUGGAAACAAGACUUUUUUGUUACCAAAAGUUUGCAGUAAAACAGAGUUAACAGUACUGUCUGGGCUGUCGCAAUAUGUUCUCUGUCCUGUCCCUCACCUCCUCAGAUGUAUCCCUCCCCAUAAGUAUUAAGGCAGUAUUUGAGUUUUAAAGAGUUUGUAUAUAUUUAAAUAACUUUUUAUACUCUUUGUUACAUGUUUGUAUCAGUAUUUGGUGGAAAAUGUUUUGAGUUUUUUUUUUGGUUUGUUUUGGGUUAGAGUUUUCGUUUUUUGUACCGUUUCUUUAAAGCAGAGUUCUUCGUAACAGGGGCAGUUCCUGAAUUCAAACCAACCAUUUUGUAUGUUACAAAUUUGAAUGAGUUCAGUAAUUACAGGCUAACAUGCCUUUUUUAGUGUUUUUAAUUUUUAGAACUCACCACAUAAAUUACAGGUGAUUGUGGGUCUCACAACACUGGCCACUCUUAAGUGUCUUAGCACCACACUCAGCGUGCCUGUUCCUAGCCACUGAGGGCUCCGAGGACAACAGCACCCAGGUGAGGGGCGUGGCCUGAACCCUCCUGCACAGCAUCCAAAACGACAGGUCCCUGCUUCCUCCAGAGUAAAUAAAAGAGGCCAGGAGUCCAGCAGGGAAUGCAGGCAUCCUUAAUCCACCUGGAGGAAUGAGGAAGAGGGGAUCCAGAGAGGGGAGAAAACAGCUGGCGAUUUUUCUGGGUGAACUUGCCAGGCUGACUCACAGCAUGCUGAGACAGGCUAGGAAAAGGCCGGCCUUCUGUCCAAGUCGAAAGUCGUAGUUAGGCCUGUAGCUCGCUAGUCAACUUUUGUCUUGUGACUCGCCAACUCCUGCAGAGACUGGUAGUUCCAGGCUGUCAAGUACUUCUCUGGCUCUUGACAGGAACAGAAAGGCAUGGUUGACUUAACCCUUUGCUGUCUACACAGUUGGUGUUUCCUGUUCUGGGUGCUACUGCCAAAUGUCCUGGUACUUAGAGCUGGGAUGCACAACUUUACCGCCGACCUAGCAAUGCAGCAGCCUGUCCUCUGCAACUGGCCACAGACGAAGCCCUGAGCCACCAGGCUUAUAGAGUUUGCGCACCCUCUCGCGGCCGCCUGACUGGAGCACUGUGGAGGUGCCUUCCCGUCACUUCCCUGGACAGUCCUCUGGGAAAGCUGUCUAUUUUGGUUACCGUUUUGUGUUUUCCGUUGCAUUUUAUAUCUUGUAUUUAUCUCCAGAUAGGUUUUGUACUUUUUUGGUUUGUUUUCCUAGGCCAAGAAAUUCAUUUGUGUAUAUAGAUACUUGCAUGCUAGACUGUAGUCAGUGUUCAGUUCCUUGGAAGGUCUUGCUGCUGUUGGGUGUGCUCGCUACAUCCAUUGUGACUGUAUUCAACCCAUUUCACAUGUAAAUAAACAAGGAACAUCUGGCCCUUGAGCUUCUUCAAGAGAGUUAUUGGUGGGUCUCUGACAUCAUGAAAUUUGGGAAGUGACUCAUUCCCGGGACAGGCUACAGAGUAUUGCAGAAUUCUUUCCACUCUGAAGAAUGGCUCACUUGUUCUCGCCAGUGGCCAACUAGCUCUUCUGCCACUUUCUGUUGACUCCAUCGGUACAAUCCAGGGGUGUGCAAAUACUCCUUAACUUGAAGCUUAAUUGCCGUUCCUUGUUGCAUCUGUGUUGUUCCCAGUUGUGUUCCUUGGCACUUUCUCGUGCUUCUGCGUUUGAACCUUGCAAUAGGCCUGCGUGGUGGCCACGCAGGUCCGUAGAGCCUACAGUUGGGGAAGUACAGUUGAGGGAGCUGAGUUCAGAUUCAGCUCUUCGUCUGAGUCCUCGCAGCUGGUAAGUGGCUUUGCAUAUUAGAACCCAAAUAUUUUGCUCUCAAUCUAGUACUUGCUCUUUGUGGUUAUGUACAUAUUGACAAAUAUUCAUUUAUGCAACAAAUAAAGUUAUGUGCAAAGUA